AUGGCAGCAGUAUUUCCAAGAACUUGUUUCAAAUGUGGUGAAGUUGGUCACGUUGCUGAUGAUUGUACACAAGAAGAAAGAUUAUGUUAUAAUUGUCAUAAACCAGGUCAUGAAUCGGGUGAUUGUCCAGAUCCAAAACAAACUACUUCAAAACAAUGUUAUUCAUGUGGUGAUGUAGGUCAUAUCCAAACUGAAUGUCCGAAUCAAUCUCAAGGUACUAAAUGUUAUAAUUGUGGAAAAUUUGGUCAUAUUUCAAAAAAUUGUGAAGAACCUCAACAAAAUAAUCAAUCACACUCAUCAUCAUCAUCAUAUAAAAAACCUUUUGGUGGUUCAUCAAGAGGUGGUAGUUCUGCAACUUGUUAUAAAUGUGGUGGUCCAAAUCAUUUUGCAAGAGAUUGUCAAGCAGGUGGUGUUAAAUGUUAUGCUUGUGGAAAACCAGGUCAUAUUUCAAAAGAAUGUCACUCAUCAUCAGGUGGAGCUAAUUAUGGAUCAAAAACUUGUUAUAAUUGUGGUAAAUCUGGUCACAUUUCAAGAGAAUGUACCGCAUAA